CUAGCGAGCCCCAGCCGGUUACUACAGCCCGGGCCGCCUUUGCGCACCACUUGCUGUGCUAUUAUGCCCGGUCCCUUCGAAUCUGCCCCAGCUCGGGGUCACAGCCAGGACCCAGAGUAGCGUGAGAGGCGGCCAGAGGAAGGCGGGAGUAUCCCGGGACUCUGGACCAUCUUAGCUGGGAGCCCAGUUGGCACACCAGGCGAAGAGGUCACCCUCUACGUGGUGGAGGCAGUGGAAGACGGCAGGGACCUGGUGGACGGAGAGGAGGCGGGGAUCUGGCGGGAGUGCCAGCUGCUGGUGAAAGACAUCAUGGAGGAGGGGGAGGUUGUGGCCGAUGAGGUGUGGGAUCGGGGGUCCUGCCAGGAGAUGGAGGAGAAGACGGUGGAGCAGGGCCUGGAAAGAUCCAGAGGCGUGAGUGAGCAGCCGGCGCUAGAUAUGCUACAGGCACUGUGCGCCCUGCAGUUGAAAAUGAGCUCCCAGCAUGAGGAAAACUGCCGGGCCUACGUUCGGUUCAUGUACAUGAACCAUCUGAGGAGGAAGCAUCACUUGGCUUGGAGAAGUGCCAUCCCCAAGGGCAUCCCUGGCUUCUGGGCCAAAGCUAUUAUGAACCAUCCUCAAGUGUCCAUCAUAAUCAGCACCCAGGAUGAAGACUUUCUUAGCUACAUGAUUGACUUCAAGGACAGUGAGGGAGGCUUAAGAUGGGGCCAGGUGCGGAGCCAUCCGCGGCCCCGCUUCAAGCUGAUCUUCACCUUUUGGAACAACUCGAACUUCUGUAAAAUGGUGAUUGUUAAGGACUAUUACCUUGAGAUCACUGGAUAUAGGGUACGUCGUUCCACUCCAGUCCACUGGUUCUGGGACUUUGAACGGGGAGCACACAGCCACAGGCUGGACACCAGGAGCCUUACCUUUCUCAAUUGGCUGUCAGGCCACAACUGCCCAGAAUCAAACAGGAUUGCUGAUUGUUUUCUCAUUGGGCAGGACGUGUGGGAUGAUCCCCCGAUGUACUACCCCAGGGAGGAAUUUUGUGCCAUGAGAGGUAGCUGA